CCAGGUAGCCAGUUUAGCACCUGCGACACAGCGCCAGUUAUUCAGUGGCUGGGCACGCCAGGUGACCCAGUAACCCCACGAUAAAGCCACAAGCGCCCCGCAUCCUUCGACAGCGCGAUAAGGCCCUCCACAUCUACUACAGUAUGUACUGUAGGCUAGGUACCUACUCCUUUAGGUAGGAAGGGACUAUACUACAGUCCACAAGCUGUAUGAAGCUCCAUCCUUUUUGAAGUGAGUAGCGUCAUGAUGAUGACAUCACAUCUUCUGGAUCACGAUUGAUACCAUGACAUUGUAUAAAGCUGUUGGCGUUGAAUUGUAAUCAUCUGAAAGUCCUGUAAUCAAAUUUGAAGAGUAAAUAAUUCAUCAAUAUCAAUUCUAAUUGGUGUUGAGCUCGCAUUAUAUCAAAAACAAAAACUCAUCGUUAGCCAUAUAUCAUCACCAUGGUUGGCCUUCGCCUCACUCACUCUAUGAGAGCCCUACGGGCUACUACUCGGACAGGAGCUCUGCACACACAGCAACGCACCUUUAUUGCAGCUUCCCCUCUUCGGGCACACCAAGGCUACGGUGAUGGCAAAGGGGAUCCCGUAGCAGAGCACCCAGAGAAACAGCCUGCGCACACCAAAGCCCAAGAAUCUUCAGAGCACCCCGGGCCCGCCCCUCCAGAUGUCGGCCAGGGAUCCUCCAGUGCCUCCACCAAGAGGUCCUUUUCCGAUAGUAUGAAGAAGGCGGCCUCGAAUGCUGGAUCACCCGAGGAGCAAGCCAGCGCACAGUCCGGUGGCUCCAGGUCGAAAGAAGCCGCCGAGACCGGCAGCAGCCCAACUGGAGGUGAGAUUCCUGAAAACGGGGUUGGAACAGCAAAGGGAGGUGAGGCUCUGAAGGGACCACAAGGCAAAAACGCGCCGCAGCCCAAGAUCCUGAACCAAUCGACCAACUCGGUGAAAUCUGGCUUAACAGAUGAACAGAAGAGGGAAGUCGAAAGGCAUAAUCAAGAUUUCGAAAAUAAGCACGACAGGGCCGAGUCGGCCCCUCACGAUAAAGUCGAUAAGAAGUUCUGGUCAGGAGUCGGCGGCCGAACAGGUGGUGAGAAUGAUUGGAAUGCGUAAAGGUGAUAGCCUCCAGGGGAUGACCAUGAGGUGUUAAUACUUGUAAAUAGAAUUAACUUAAUUAUGGUAGCAAUGAAGCUUCCAACGAAUAUAUCUUGAAAACAGUUGGCUUGGGGUAACAUUUUGUAACUAGGUUUAGGUAGGGACUUACCAGGUUAGUCCAUAGCAGUACCUAAGUGGCA